AUGUCCUUCAGUCACUUCAUCGCCACCGCAUCUCCCCCCGAGGUGGGCGGUGAGAUUAUCCGCACAGGUCCCGUGUGGUACACUUUCAAGCCAAACUCCAACGGCACCCAUGGCACACACAUGUUCUCCUUCCACAUUGCCGAUGGACCUGGCUUUACGAUCUCUCGGGCCGAUAUGAUCAACGCCCACGCGACGCUCGAGAAGGCUCUUGCUACGAACUGGACAUCCUCUACCACUCUCAAGAACACCAUCACGACCACCCACAAGGCCAAUCGCUCUCCGAUCUUCCGCCACCAGUGUGACCUCGUCGCCAACAGCGACGUCCUCUACAAGUGUCUGACGGAUCUGCGAAACGGCCUCUCCUUCCUCGACAAGUGCGAAAAGCUGUGCGUCACUCCGGCAGUGUUCGUCAACACCCUUUCCCUCCAAACAAUCCUGCCCUACGGACGCGAGUCUCGUAGCACGGGUCCCAUCGCCAUGUGGCGCGGUUCUUUCGACAUCGCGCACCGCAUGAAGAACCCCCACGCCGACGACGAUCUUGUCAAGACACCAGCGCUGGUCGCCAAGACGAACAAGCUCUGUGCCCAGCCAGCCCCUUCUCCUCUGGGCGACGGCGGAGUAAUCGAGCUCGAGCGUCGUUACAAAGGCCGGAGUAGCAGGGAGUCCGCAAUCCUUCGGCCCGUGACUAAUACGGUCAAGACGACGGAGGUGGAGAAUUAUGAGGAUAUGCGCUACCGCGAGACGCCAGUGAACGGUUGCAAGCAGAGCUGCUACCCCGACAACCCCAAAGUCUCUUCGUACAUGAAUGCCCACAGUGGCCUCUGUCAACACCGCUGCUCGGGACACCACACCCCGUGUGCCCGCAGCCCCAUGUCGAACCGCCGUGGCCUUUUGCGUACCGCAAUCCACGUCACCCGAGCAGCCACUACGCUCAGCAACCACCACUCAUCGUCCCAGCUCGCCAACGCUCGCGAUACCUCUCGCUCCGGCCGCUUACCACACCACGGCGAGCGCAAUCGCUCCGUAAACGAGGACAAGCUCAACACCAUGUCCGCCAUUGAUCCGGUGCGGCCUGCGUCUGACCACCGCAGCCCCAGGUCUGGUGCUGUUGCCCACACCGUCCGUCGUCCACUUCAAGAUGGUCCAGCCAAGGCGCCGGACGCUGUGCUUGAUUCUCCCGCCAUCGCGCGCCUCAAGAUUGUCAACAUGGGUGUCAACAAGCCAUUGCCCGAGAUCUACGACGCACCCCGUUCCUCCCAGGAGGCGUUGAAGAGUGGCCGCCCUUUCCGUGCCACCGCGACCGCGUGCACAGACGAGUGGUUCUGCACCCCCAUUUCUUUCAAUAGAACCCAUUCGGAUCUCAGCUCAGGUUCCAGUGUUAUUGAGAGCCGCACCCCUAAUCUCAACGCCGGCCCAUUGCACUCCCAGGCUGUCCUCGGCUCACUGUACACCCAGCUUCCAAUGGACUCCGAUCGUACUCCCGAAAUCCAAGACCGCAACCUCGCUACCCUUACCGCUGUCAUGGAGAGGAGUGCCAUCAAGCCAUCGGUUGUUGUAAGGGGCGCGUCGAAUAAGCAAUGCGCCAUUGCAGGCGUGUUGGAGUGCAUCCCGGGUGAGGGAUCCAUUGGCACUCUGAAGCCCACCGCUGGCCGUCACCGCAUGUCCCCCGCUCUCAAGGACAGUCGCUGUCCGACGGCUUCACAGAGCGGUAGCACCAGCCCGAAGUCCGACCGCAGCUACACGACAGCCGCUACCUCCACUACGCAAAUCAAGCAGGACAUGGCCACUGCGCCAAUCGCCGAAUCGAACGUCGAGUCAAACUACAGCUACGUGACUGCCGACGACCCUGUCCCCCGCUCCCAGGGCGGCGUAGCUGCCGAGAAGGACAGCAAACUUGUUUCCGAGGUCCCCUGGAUUCCCAGCCACCCCAUUUCACGCAGUCCUACUGUUCGAGCGGUUGUCAGCGACAAUCGUUAUCUUGACAACUGUGACCCUGGCGCAACUACUGUGUGCAACAUGUCCCAGGUACUCGAACCGCGUUCCGGCACUGCCAUGUCCGCUCCCAACACGUCUAAGGAUGUUCGCAAUUCUAGAGUGUCAGUUUAUGGCUCGAAGGGCUCUGGGACUGGGCGUUCGACAAACACUACGUGUCCAACUGGUUUGAGCACCAUCCGUGGCCAUUCCAGCCGCAAUACCUACGCUGAGAGUUCAGGUGCUUCGUGCACCUCCACACUGGUUCCCGACAAGCCUUGGUACGAACUCCCAAAGCAUUUUGCUCCGCUCUCGGAAGUGUUGUAG